ACAUAACCUCAUUUCUCUUUUUAAACAUAACCUUAAUUUAGUAUCAGUUCUAUUUUUAAAUAAUUUUUAAUAAAUAAAAAAGAUUAAGAAUGGCGGUUUUAUUAGAUAGUGUUCUUAUGAAAGCAAAGUUUCGUGGUUGUAUGCUUGGGACGUUAAUGGGUGAUUGUUUAGGAGCCCCUUUUGAAGGUGAUCCAGGAAGUAGGGCUAUAGUCCAAAAGUAUUUCGAUAAAAUCGAUGGGGAAUACACUAAAUCACCAAUUAAAAUGUACACGGAUGAUACCGCAAUGACGAAAUCAAUCGCAAAGUGUUUAAUAGAUAAACCCCCUUUUGAUUAUAAAUACUUAGCGAAGCUAUUUGUAAAAGAAUACUUUAAAGAACCACGGAGAGGAUAUGGACCCGGCGUUACCCAAGUUUUUAAUAAACUGCGUUCGUACAAAUACGAAGACAUUUAUAAACCUGCUAAAGAACAAUUUGAAGGAACUGGUUCAUAUGGAAAUGGAGGGGCGAUGAGAAUAUCCCCAAUUCCGUUAUUUUUCGCUAAUAACUAUGAUGCUUUAAUUGAAGCUGUUGUAAAAUCGACGGAAAUUACUCAUACCCAUACUUUAGGGGUUAAUGGCUCAAUUUUACAAGCGAUUGCUAUCCAUCAAGGUUUAAUGUUACAUCCAGAAGAAAAAGCUGAUUAUAAAGUAUUCAUUGAGAAAUUAAUUGGGAAAAUGAAGAAAUUUGAAGGAGGUGAAAUAAAAGACAUUGAUGAUCCAUCACCGUAUCAAUCGCAAUUAAAACGUAUUCAAAAAUUAUUUGAAAUUGAAAAACCUAACGAACCGGUUAGUGAUGAUGAAGUUGUGGCGUGUCUUGGGAAUAGUAUUUCCGCUCUCCAUUCGGUCCCUACAGCUAUUUAUUGCUAUUUAAGGGCACAAAAUGAUAUUCCCGAUUUAAAGGCUGAUAAUCCUUUUAGAAGAUCAAUCCAAUAUGCCAUAUCAUUAGGUGGUGAUACAGAUACAAUAGCUGCUAUGACAGGAAGCAUAGCUGGGGCUCAUUAUGGGGAACGUUUUGUGAGUGAGAAUAUGAAGAAACAUUGUGAAUUUGUGAAGGAAAUGGUUGAAUUAGCCGAUGAUUUAUUUAAAGUUAGUGAUUUAGGGGGAAAGUGAUGAAUUGUUAAAUAAAUUAUGUUGUAUAGAUUUCAGACAAUAUAAAAUAUAUUAUUAUU